AUGUCGACUACGCAGACGGAUGGCGCGAGCUUCGAUGGAAGCCACCACAAAAAGCGCGCGCGUCCGCACUCGCCCGUCGCGCGCUCUCCUCGUCCUCGUCCUCGUCCUCAGCUCGUCCGGCCGCCGCCUCGCGGACUCGCCACGUCCUUCAUCAUGGGAGACGCGCGCAUCGUGUUGACGACGCUCAUCGACGAGAAGCUGCUGUCGCCCGGCCCCAAGAAGCUCUAUGUGUCGUACUACCGCAAGCGCGUGUACGCGGACCUGCUGCCCGACGGCUCCAUCCGCUUCAAGGACCAAGUCUACACGUCGCCCGUGCCCUGCGCGCUGCACAUGAAGCGCACGCUGAACCCCUCUCUGAAGACGGACGCGGGCUGGUCGUCCAUGUACUCGGCCGCCUCGGGGGAGAGCCUCAAGGACAUCAAGGACCGCCUCAACAUCCGCAAGCGCGGCACGAACGCGCGCUCCGCCCACAAGGAGAAGAAGGCGGCGCCAGCGCCAGUGCCCGCUCCGUCGCCUACCACUAAGGAGAGGAUGGCCCAGGCGGCUGCAGCUCAGGCCAAGCAAGAGGCGGCUCCGAAGUGCGUCAUCUGCAGGGAAGAGGCCACGGCGGAGGUGGCCAAUUGCAGCGCGUGCCACAGCCAGACGCACUUCAAGUGUGUGACUCCGCCGCUGCAGGCGGCUCCUCCUUCGCCCUGGUUCUGCGAUAAGUGCCUGACUGGCCAAGCCAACCGCAUCCUCGAGUUUCUCCAGCAAACACGUCGAGUGUUGGUGGAGAGGAUCGCAGAGCAGAAGAAAGCGAAGCAGGAAACAGAGGAGAAGCCUGAGCAGACGGAUACCAGUGCUGAGCACGAGGCGCCGACGGAGGAUAAGCAGAACGAAGCUGCUGAUGCACCGAAGGACGCGCAAAAAGACGAAGAAAUGCCUGCCGUCGCUGAUGAGGAAAAGGAUGAGGAAGUUGACAAGGAUGCGGAGACCGACAGCGCUGAAAAACCCGCAGACGUAGCAUCUACUGAAAACGAGGAUGGUGUCGACGGAUCUAAGGCCACGGUAGAAGUGUCCACAGAGGCAAAGGAUGCCACCCCAACCUCCACGGAAGCUCUGGAAGAAAAGGAGAUCAAGCAGGAGGCCCUUGACGCGAUUAGCACUAGCGUGGAGUCCAAGACCUCGGAGGUUGUUGUCGUAGUGGACGACGAAGACGAUUCAGCGGCGGAAACAGAAGUGGUCGCGGCCAAGCCUACUACAUCGACAAGCGCUGAAGAAAAGUUCUUGGUGCUGAUUGAUAGCCUAAUUGUCGAAGUUUCAUCGAAGGCGGAACGGGCCAACUUGAUUGCCAACAGCACCGGUGCGACUCUCGUACACUUGGAGAAAACGCAACUCGUGCAACUUGUGGAGUAUGGCAAGCGUGAAAUCUUGGCUGCUACUCGACCGGAGGCUGAAGAUGAUGAUGAUAAUGAUGAUGAUAAUGACCAAGGCGAAACGGAGGAUGACGAUAACAGUGUUGGUCGCUCUAACACGUCGGAAGUCGACGAUCUCAUUCGGAUCUUUGAUUUGCGCCAUCAAAUUCUGUCGUCACAGGCGCAGUUUGAACGUACCACGAGCGCUCUCGCCAAGCGGACGGAAAAGCAUUUACGCAACGCUGAAACGGAGCUCAUGGAUCUAGAGCAGGCGCGCACUGUGGAGGCUUCUGCAAUCAUGAAGGUGGUGGAUUUGAUCAACCAGUACUCAAGCGACUUGAACAAGUGUGAACAGAAGAUUCAUUUCGACGAGAUGCUUCUGGAGAGUAUCAGCCACCGGCGGAACUUUAUCCGCUCCACGAACAUUGUUGACCGCUUCGUACCGGCCUAUCGUUACAGCUCGAAGCUUAUGACUACCAGCAGUGACCAGCUUCUAUUGACUGUUCUGCUGGAUAAGCUCCGCGACAUCACAGGUUCUGUCAACGAGUGGACGAAGAUGGAAAACCACUUCGAAAAGAUGACGUCGAGUCUGAAGAAGUCGCUGGCUCUGAUUGGUACGAAGCGAAAGCGUACGGGUGUUUCUGUGAAGUUACCGCCGACCCCGGCAUUGUUUGCUAAGGUGAAGAUUCCGCCGUCCCGACGUCUCAUUGAACGCCAAAUCGCAAAUUACCAGGUGAAUCUUAAUGUGAUUCGUCAGAACCGCUCCCGUAUGCGGAAGACGCUGUCGGGUAUUCUGAAGAUCGCCCGGGAGGAGCAUUUGAGCGAAGAAAUUGUCAACAUGACAGACAUGUUGUAUCAAAAGUGCCGUGAUUUGAAAGCUGAAGAGGAAGAGAAGCAGCUGAAGCUCAAGGAAGAGGCAGCUGAAGCUGAAGCCAAGGCGAAGAAAGACGACGAUGAAGAUCAUGACGAGAACACUGAUGGUGGUGAAGCGAGUGCAGAGGAGCCGGAAGCGAAGAAGCCGCGUUUGGCCGGAGCGAGUUCUGCGUCUGACAAUAAGCCCGGCGUGGCUGCUACCGCCAAUCCUUCAUCAGCAAGCAAGGCGCCCACAUCUCAUGAAGCGAAAGGCAUCUCAUCGCUGCUAGGAAGUGAGGACUCGGAUGCCAAAGAGUCCAACUACAGCUCCGCUGAGAGCAAGUCGCGCGCAGAUAACGACGAUGACAGCGAAGGAGAUCUGGAGCAAGCAUCUCGCGCAAUUGCUGACAUUACCUCGUCAGUAUUGCCCGACAUCUCGGCAGGAGGUGAUCCACUGCUUAACUCACCGCCCAUGACGGCGAAGCCUGCAGCAGAGUCAUCGCAGGAACUGGCGCCGCAGGGCGUGUUUUCGAUUCGUGGGGGAAAGGGAGCAGACAAGAAGGAAUCGGCCCCGAAGGAGGCUGAGCAGCAAAAAGGCCAGGCGCCCAAGAGUGCCGGUCAAAGCGAGCAGUCAUUUCUUGACCAAGCGCUCGAAGUUCUGAACAAGCAGCAGCAACAGCAACAACGUCUUGAGCAGCAGCGUCUUGAACAACAGCGUCAGUUGGAGCAGCAGCAGAAGCAGUUGGAAGAACAGCAGCAGCAGCUGGAGAAGCAAAGGCGACUUGAGCAGCAGCGUCAGCUAGAGCAACAGCGUCUGGAACAGCAACGUCAGGAGCGUGAACGCCAGGAACGAGAGCGUCAAGACCGAGAGCGUCGAGAGCGGGAGCGCCUGGAGAAGCAGCAGCGACUUGAACGACAGCGUAUAGAGAAGCAACGCCAGGAACAAGAACGCCGCGAGCAGCAACGACGUGAGCAGCAACGACUAGAACAGGAGCGUCGUGAACAACAGCGUAUUGAACAACAACGCAUUGAGGAACAGCGCCGCAUGGAAGAGCAGCGCCGCAUUGAAGAGGAGCAGCGUCGUUUGGAGGAGCAGCGUCGUCUGGAGCAGCAGCGGCUUGAACAACAACGGCUUGAGCAACAACGACUUGAGCAGCAGCGUCUGGAGAAACAACGCCAAGAGCAGCAACGGUUAGAGCAGCAGCGGCUGGAGCAGCAACGCCUGGAGCAGCAGCGUCUGGAAAAACAGCGCCAGGAACAGCAGCGCCAAGAGCAGCAGCGACGACAGCAGGAACAGCAACGACUAGAGCUUCAGCGUCGGCAGCAAGAGCAGCAACGCCAAGAGCAGCAGCGCCAAGAGCAACAGCGCCAGUUCCAGCGCAACAAGGUGCCCAACCUCCCUCAGGUCGUGCAGCCGGGAUCAUCCCACCUACAGAUGCUAAACCAGCAACAGCAACAACUCCAGCAACAGCAGGCAGCGCUUCAACAGCAGCAGCACUCGCGUCAAAUGCAGCACCCUCUGUACGGCGACAUCCCCAAGGGAAUGCUCAUGUCUUCUGGAAUGGGCUCAAAUCAGCAGGAUAUCUACGCGCAGCAGGCCGCCCAAAUGGGCAUGGACAUGCACGACGUCGUGCGGCACCAGGACUCGGGCCACUUUGUUGGCAAUGCGUCGGGUGGUCUGCGCGGGGCUCCCUACGAAGUCUCGCGCAGCGAGCCCGCGCCGACAGCGCCGCGGACGAGUUUCUAUGGCGACGACGGCUCUCAAGACGUGUUUGGCUCCCAGGGCUUGCCCGGUCAGCAGCGGCAGCUCUCCGAACAUCACAUGUUCAAUGACUUGCAGCAGCAGCAACAACAACCAGGGCAGCCGCAGUCCCGAGGAAUGGUGAGCCAGGACUUUUUGAUGGGCCGUGGGUCAUACAGGCACCCCGGCAUGGACCAACCUGACGACAACGAUGUGAAUAUGGGCGACUGGGGGCAGUGAGCUAAGCUGCAGUAGACGGGAGCGCCACGAGCAUUGCCCGGAAUUGAUUGACAUACAUGUAAGAAGAUUUGUUGUCGUUGCA